AUGCAACCGGCUGGUGGCGGUGGAGUCGGAUUAAGCAGAGGUCUUGGUGGAGGCGGUGGUGGUGGUGGAGGUGGAGGUGGUGGUGGGCUUGCUCGGUUUCGCUCAGCUCCGGCGACUUGGUUAGAAGCACUAUUGGAAAAUGAUGAUGACAACGACGUCGUUUUGGACCCACCGGUUUUAGCUUCGAGUAGUAAUAAGCCACCUUUGCACCCGCCGGCUUCUUCUCCAGUUCAGUCAACUCAGCAGCAGUCGAGCGCGGCUAGUAGUAGAUAUGCGGCCGAUCUGGGGAUGUUGGACACGGUGGGGAGUGGUGGAGGUGGGCUCAGUGGGUUGCUCCGGCAGAAUAGCUCCCCGGCGGAGCUUUUGUCUGAUGGGUACUUCUCGAAUUUUGGGAUUCCGGCCAAUUAUGACAAUUUCUUGAUGUCUUCUUUGGACGUUUCGUCGGAGUCUCCGUCCAAGCGGCCCAGAGAGGCUGAUUCCAAUAACCCAUCUCCAAAAGCUUCUUCUCAAGUGAAAGGAGAGCAAAGUGAGCAGUUGCAUGCUGGAAUGGGUAGAUUGUUGGACUCUGAAAUGGAAAAGCUUUCAGAGGAUGCUGUUCUGUGUAGGGUUCGGGCAAAACGAGGUUGUGCUACGCAUCCUCGUAGCAUUGCUGAGAGAGUUCGAAGGACACGAAUCAGUGACCGGAUAAGGAAACUUCAGGAACUUGUCCCCAAUAUGGAUAAGCAAACAAACACGGCAGACAUGUUAGAAGAAGCAGUAGAGUACGUCAAGUUUCUACAGAAGCAAAUUCAGGAACUCAAGGAGCAGCAAAAGAAAUGUAAAUGCUUUGCCAAAGAGUAAUUGCAGAACCGAAACUUUUUCCGAGUGAACUGAAGUGAAUUGGCAAUUAUGUCGAAGUAUUAGCGAAAAUAUGGUACACUACUGUGCUUCAGUUUCUUCUACACCUGUGGAUGCUGCUACUUAAAAAAGAGCUUGGUACUAUAAGAUCUACACCGUAGUGCCAUCACUGUCUACCACCGAGUCUACUUUCUUGGAUGCUUUUGUGGUAGAUGUCAAAUAUCAUGUAAAUUACCUCUUUGCUCAAGCAUGUUGUCCGGAAACUAUCUAUGUUUUGCUUCUUAUUUUAGGUGAAAUUCGUUUGCCAUAAAGACUGAAUGUACCAUGGCGAUAUUAAUCAAUAAAAACUUUUGGUAGUACCAGAAGUUUGUAAUCAAUUAUGUAAUCCUUGCAUGACAUACUUAUGUCCCUUUUUGACUCGUUCAAGUGAAGGGGCUUCCUUUGGGAGCUACUCUGUUUCUUGCA